AACGGUAACCGUACCUCAGAUUAAAAACCCAUUGAUUCUGGGGAUGAACUUUUGGAAGGCUUUCCAAAUACGGCCUAUAAUAACAUCGAGAAACCGCAUUGAAGAGUUGGAACUGACAUGGACAUCAGAUGUGAAAGAAAAGUCUGUUCUUAAUUAUCUACGAAUCGCAGACAAUUUACAAGCAGAAGAUGAACCUAUGACUUGGCUAUCAAAACCGGAAGAAGGCGAACCGUUAGAUAUCCCGACUUUGGAGUUGCCGCAGAAUCCACAGAAAGCGAUUGAAAACAUCGAGACUGAGCACGAAUUAACAGCAAAGAGCUCAACUAAAGGAAGUUUUUACAGGAUUUAGCUCUACCAGCUAAGGACGUCUGGGCAGGGCCGGAUUAAGGAUUGUGGGGGCCCGUGGCCGGAGCUGAUGUGGAGACCCCUCGGAGGUACAAAUGCGAUGAGCGAAAAAGUAUUUUGUCUUUGUUUUUAAACAGUACUUGAGCAAAAUGAAAAAAAGGUUAAUGUUUAGCAAGCAUAAACGGUUUUUGUGGGGGUCCCUAAAAUGUGGUGGCCCGGGGCCCUGCCCCCGCCUCCUUUGGUCCGGCCCUUGCGUCUGGUAAAGACAACCCUCAUAGAACAUGAAAUAGAGGUUAUCAAGGGAGCUAAAUAAGGAACUACCGAUGAAGAGAUAUUCGCCGCAGAUAUGGGAGAAAAUAGAAGAAUGUAUUACGGAAUUCUCCAACCCUCUGGUUCCAGUUAAAAAGGCCAACGAAAAGAUAAGGGUUUGCCUGGACUCAAGGAGAGUCAUAUCCCAUGCGAAACAUGUCUGAAACUUUCAUCGCCUUCAGAGGGCAAAGAAUUUCAGUGUCGUGGAUUUAAAAGAUGUUUACUUUCAAAUAAUUUUUGAAAGAAAGUUUACGCAACUACACAGCCUUUCGGAUCCCGAAAAGGCUUAUUUAGGUUAAAGGCUAUAUCAUUUAACCUCAAAAUCCCGUCUUUUACGAUGACGGGAUUAAUGAAUGAAUCGAGCAAUUGCAUUUGACCUGGAACCAAAAGUUUUUACAUACCUUGACGGCAUUAUAAUCAUAAGCGAGACCAUUGAGCAGCACUUACUCUUAUUGGAAAAGGUCGCGGGGAGAUUCAGGAAAGCAGGCUUAACCAGUUGUUACGAUGCCGCAUUAAAAUAAAAUUUAUUUUCUUUUGUGAAUUUUGAACCGGUCUAAAAGUGAACCUGUCUAGCCGUAGCAUAACUGAAGCAUGACAGUUCACGUGCGGCUGUAGUGGUAGGUGGGAAGAGAUAUGAGAUGGCUGAUGUAGAAUAAGAGAUGCAUAAAAACAACAGACAAGAUUCGUAGGAAUAUUUUCGCCAUUGCAAAAUAAUUAAAGUUGAAGUCGACAGUUUUGCUGUUUGUUAAGUUAUCACAAAUUGAAUUGGAUUAUAAAAAAGAAUUCGGCAAAGUGCGGUGAAUAUUGAUAUAGUAAAAAUCGUGCCCAAAUAUCGAUAUCCGGUGAAUCCUGAAAUAGGGAAUAUUUCCGAAAAUUACCGCGCCAGAGGAUUCUCUCGUAAGUAGAAGUAAAAUAGAAAAAUUGUGUGAAAUUUGGUUAAUAAUGACAAACAUUUGUGAAUCCAAAACAGUCUUCACGCAGCAUACACCAACCCAAGUAACCACAAGCAUUAUAUCAUUGCACGAAUUAGACUGCAUAUCAUCCUUUGCAAUGCGAAAUGCAGUAAUUCCACACUUAUCAUGCAAUAAUCCUUUAGAUUGGCAUUAUUAAUGUUUUAAUGCAUUACAUUUUUUCUUUACAUUAGGGUGCAUUAAAAGGUGAUAUACGAUAAUUCAAUAAUUCAACACUGUCGAAACUGUAUAAAUGCAAUGUACAAACUAGCAAAGGUUGCUCUAACAAUACAAUUAUAAAAGCUUGACUCUAAUGGUAAACAAAUGAAAUCAAGAAGAGCUAACAACUUGACGGUCAACUAUAGCGGUCUUCAACACUUCUGGUUCCACUCCCGACCAACUUAAUCCUCGUUUGAACCACCGAUCGACGACUUUCUUCAGCAAAACCAUUUUAGAGAUGACCUUUUCUCUUUUCUGCAGAAGAACAGUUUCCUUUUAGUUAAUGAAAUAUCUCUGUAGCAGAAACGGUCUACGGCACCAGCACGUAUGGAACUCAUCUAGCGGCCUUCAACACUUCUGGUUCGACUCCCGACCCGGCAACAAAAAAAUGGUUAAAACAUUCAUGUGGGGGGCAUUAGUACCGUCGAUAACGAAACGGUGCUAAAAAUAUAUUUUUGUUUUGGUUUUUCGUGUUGCACGUAUUAAACUGUGCUAAUGCAAAUGUACAGCACAUGCAUUUAUGUCACUUUAGCAAUGGCUGUCAAAGUGCCGCAAUAUGUGGCACUAAUUUAAUUUUAGUGGGGCCCUUCUCGACUUUAAUAUUGCUUCAAUGAGGUGUUUAAAGUAGUGCAGCAUUAUUUACACAAUUUUAAAUAUGAAUAUAUGGCCAAAUUGAUGCACUUAUACCGUCUACCCCCGUUGGUUUGAACGACACUGCAUGCAAACCAACGGGGUUCAUUUCUUAAUUUGAACUUCUAGUAACCCUGUGGGCAUCGGAAAACACACUGAUGGUAACCCUUUUUGAUGUUUUGUUUUGAUUCUGCGUUCCGUUUCACUCCGUUCCAUGAGCAGAAUGAUGUUCGAACCAUUUUUAGUUUGAACGAUGUGCAGAUUAGAGGGGGUCAAAUUAAAAAGUGUUCAGAUUAGAUGAGGUCAAACCAACGGGGGUAGACGGUAUACAGCUUCGUGGUUACUUGGGAAAUUAGGGUAACUGUCCCAAGUUUGAUCCAACUUGGUUGGAGAAUUAAAAAGGGCAUUCGUGACCGAGGAAACCACUUAUUUGUGAGUAGUUAGUAAUUAAGUUUGAUUAAAUGUGAAUGUUAAAUGUGUUAUUUGCUAAUAAAUUACAGUUAAGCGUUGCUUCAAAAAUCCUGAGCCGCUAUAAAAAUCUGGUUUCCCUCUCGGGAACAUUCUUAAAAAUAAGUGACACCCGCGAAGUGAUACCCGCGUAGUGAAAAGUGUCAAGUGAGGAGUGAAAACCUGCAGCAAGAUGGCUUCCGAUGCAGAAUCCACCCACGACCAAACCAUCAUGGACCUGACGGCGACUCCGUGCGCCAUCUGUGGCCCGUCUACGCGCGACGAAGUUAUGGUCGGAUGUGACGGAUGCGCGGAAUGGUUCCACAUCCGUUGCGUGGGCAUCGAGGAGGGCAAACUGCCGAAGAAGUGGUACUGCCAAAGCAAGGCCUGCCAGGAGAAGGUCCAGGAGUACCACCAGAAGCAGAAGGACGCCAAGAAGCAGGCCCGCACCCGGAAAAACGGCAACGAGUCUGACAAAUCCAGCGUCAGCUCUCGCCUAGCUUCGUCUAGCGUGGAAGCGAAGGUGCGAGCGCUAGAGGAGAAGCAGAAGCGCCAAUACGAGGAGAUGGAGGCGGAACUGCUGCUGCAGAAAAAGGAAAGGGAGAUGCAGCGUGCAUUCGAGCAGCGAAAAAUGGAAUUGGAGCUGCAGAUGCGCGCUGAGGAACAAGAGGAGCAAAGAGCUUGGCAAGCGGAAAUGCUCCAGAAGAAGAAGGAACAGAUUCGGCAGAUGAAGGCGGACCAAGACUCGUUCGAGCUGCAGAUGGCAGCCAUGGAUAAGGAGUUGGCGGAACUGUCGGCUCAAAAAUCCAAACCGGAGCCGAAAGUAGUCGCGGGUGCUUUAAAAGCGGGCCAUUCCGGCGAAGUCGACCAAAAUGUGUUGAAGCUGAGCAAGGCGAACGUGAGGAAGCUAGCGCAAAGCUACGAAAGCUCCGAAGAGGAUGAGGAGGACGACGAUUCCGGUGAUUCGGAUCUGCAGAGCCAGAGUUCGGACUCGUCGAUGGAGCGCAAGGCGAAACUGAAGACGUACAAGAAAGUGGGAAGUGUCAGCCAAGACGGGCUGGGGCAGCAGCAGACCGGACCGACGAAGGCCCAGCUGGCCGCGAGGAAGGGGUCAACAUAUACACUUCCAAAAUUCUCCGGCAAACCAGCGCAGUGGCCAUUGUUUUUCGCGGCCUACAAAGCGUCCAAUGAGGCCUGUAUUUACAUGAACCACGAGAAUCUGAUGCGACUUCAGGAAGCGCUGGAAGGUGACGCUCUGGAACUGGUGUCUGGGCAGUUACUGCUUCCCGAAUCCAUCCCGCAGGUCAUCGAGAAGCUGCGCCGACACUUCGGCCGCCCGGAACAACUGCUCCAAAGCCUGUUGGACAAAGUGAACCGGCUGGAACCCCCGAGGGCGGACAAUUUGAAGAGCUUUGUUCCAUUCGGAAAUACGGUGGAGCAACUCUGUGGCCAUCUGGAGGCCGCGGAUCUGAAGCAGCACCUUGUUAACCCGCUGUUGAUCAAAAGCCUGAUCGCCAAGCUACCAGAUCGCGAGAAGCGGGAAUGGGUCCAUUACCGGAGGGGCCACGGGGAAACAACCUUGCGAACGCUGACGGAUUUCUUAAUGGACAUCGUCGCAGACGCCUGCGAAGCCAACGUGGAUGUCGAGUUCGUGCCCUCUCCGCCGUCCAAAGGAAUUCCACCAUCCAGAAAAAAGAUGCCGAAGGAGAAAGGUGGACUAUACAGCCACAGCGAAGCCAGCGCAUCGGCCGCCAACGCCGGCGAGGAAAAGGGUUUGAAGCCCUGCAAACAAUGUAGGAGGACGGAUCAUCGGCUACGACACUGCGGCGAGUUUAAGAAACUGCGGUAUGCGGAUCGGCUGAGGCUGGUGAACCGGGAGAAGCUGUGCCACGUGUGUCUGAAUGAACAUGGAGGACAGUGCAAAUUCAAAAUCCGCUGCAACAUCGGUGACUGUCGAGACUUCCACAAUCCGCUGAUGCAUCCGGUCGGAAACACGGUCGGGCUGAGUGCACACAUCCGGACAAACUGCACGGUAUUGUUCCGGAUCGUUCCGGUGCAGCUGCACUACGGUGGAAAAACGGUGCCAGUGUUGGCGUUCCUGGACGAAGGUGCUUCCGUCACGCUGGUGGAGAAAAAGCUCGCCGACCGUCUGGGCGCGGUCGGAGUACAAGAUUGAG